UAUAGAUACUGCCGGCCGCGUGAGUCUUGUUCCAGAAUCCGGCCACUGUGUUGCAAAUUUUCAACAGAAAUCACACAGCAGACCAGCGCAGCACUCUUCUGGCGCGUCCAUUACCCUGAUUUGGCCGAAUAACUCCGUUUCGAUAAGGCUGAAGGGGAACGUGAUUCGCACGGGUCAUGGGCGAAUUAGGUGGUGCCUUUGGUGGCAACAGGGGACUCCGCCCAGUGCCUCCUGAGAAAGGAAUAUUUCCAUUGGACCACAUGCAUUUAUGUGACGUGGAGAAGAAGGAAUAUCUCAGUUGUCUAAAAUCGCUUGGUCACAGAUCUGAGGAAUGCAGGCAAUUCUCUAAGAAAUAUCUGGAAUGUCGGAUGGAAAAGAACUUGAUGGCAAAGCAAGACUUGUCAGAGCUUGGUUUCAAGGAAAGUAACGGGGAAACUCCUGGAGGGAAAAUUACUGAGGGUUGAUAAUUGAAGCCUGGGAAGAGCAGAGAUAAUUUUUUUAGGAUUUUCUUCAUAUAUAGUUCGUGUGACAAGCAGAUGCUGAUUUUGCAACAGCAUUCUUUUGGCGGGAUAAAGGAAAAAUGCAUUUGGAAGGAAGUUAAAAGAAAGACCCAGGAAAAUAUAUGGAAGUUCAAAAUUGGUGGUGACAAGAUCGGAAAUUGGGAUAUCGCUGUUUUCAAUAGAUAAAGUUUGACAUGCUUCUUAUAGAAGAUAAAAACAUCAAAUCAGGCAAUCCAAUAGAUACCUCUCAAAUACUACAGUGAAUUUAUCCCCCUUAUUCGUUGGCGAAAUCUUUUGCUAGGGGAAUUGUAGGCUUGUUUCAAAGAUUUGUUUGUAGAUGCUUCUGUUCUUGCGAGCUUGUUAUAGGAAGCAACGCUUUUAAGCUUGUUAUAGGUUUGGAUUGUCCCUCACAUUCAAGGAAAGAAAAAACCCCACAUAUUUCUGAAUGCAACCUGCCAUCUUAAGUAGUUCAACUCGAUUAAA